UUUAAGGCUAAAUUUAAUCUUGUUAAGUUCAAACCGCCCACACAAUGAAUGCGUCUCAUCAGAAACUGUAUAACAGUUUAAGCAUUCGUUUCUGUGCUCUCAAUGCAAAAUGGAGUCUCUAUAUUUGGUGACAUUACAGUUGAUUAUCUAUGUCUGUUCAGCCAAUGGCGGACCCAUUAAUGAUGAUCAAGAACUAAAACCAUGUCCAAAAAUCAAACCUUUCAACAAAGUCAACAUAGAUCAGUUAUUGGGAAAAUGGUUUUUGGCUAUAAUGGUAAUUGAAUCAGAACAUGAAGAGUUUGUUGAAGAUGGAGUUUGCAUUCAUGGCGAACUUUUGAGAUACAAUAAAACAACGCUGAGACAAGUAUGGAACAUCGAUAACCCACUAUUAAUUGGCGAUCACAGUGCUGUAAUUGAAUUGCCAACAACAGAAAACGAAGUAGGAGUUUGGUCAAUACAAAGUCCACUAGGAGGAGAUAUAACAGCAACUAUUAUUGAUGCAGAUCCUGAUACACAUUUAAUUCUGGCGUUUUGUGGCAAAAAAGGAUCAGACUCAUUACACAUGUGGACUGUAGUUGUAACACGUCAAAAUGGAAUUUCCGCACCAGAAACCUUAAGGUUGUCAGCCAUUUUGGUCAAACAUGGUUAUAACCCAAUGGCAAGUAAAAUUAUAAGUUGGAAAAAUUGUCCGAUUUACACAAUGAUACCAUGAGUGUUUUAAAAUAUUCUGUGUAAUCUUGACUAAUUAAUUAACAGAGAAAUAAACAAAAAUACAAAAUAAUA